CAUCAGGCGACAGCGACUUCAAUCGAGCGGCGCUCGGCAACUUUCUCCUGAAAAGACUUGACAAAUAUCAAUACAAUCCUCUCGAUUAGUUUCACUUUUUUUAUCACAGAUAAUACACACAUCCAUUUCGAACUAGUGUUAUCCCCUAACUUUGUUUUUCAAUGUUUUCUUUUCAACAAUUUUCCCCAUACAUUUAUAGCGCUAGCCGUGGGUUGCGUCUUAAAUACCGCAAAGGAUUGAAAUGUAGUGCACUUCGUAGGUCGCUAGAGGCUAUUACUUUAUGCCCUAUGUGUAGGGAGUGUAAAGGAAAUUGAGAUACAGCCCAAGCCGCGGCUUUACUUCAGUACAGGAAUGAAACGCAGACUUCCUGUUUUUGGUUUGAGGAAAAAAUAAAACAACAACAUGGAGAUGGGAUUAAAACUAAAAUAAUCCUUACGAAGUUUUAAUCUUUUACAUGACUUGAAGGCUGCUUUUAUUAUUAUUUUUUUCCCGACGUGAGAUAUUAGAUAUUUUGGAUGGAUCGAAUUUGGCAGAGGAGAGCAUGGACAGCUCAGUGACCCUGUGGCAGUUCCUGCUGCAGCUCCUGCUGGACCCGGGCAGCAAGCAGCUCAUCUGCUGGACCAAUGAGGACGGCGAGUUCAAGCUGCUGCAGGCCGAGCAGGUGGCCAAGCUGUGGGGCGCCCGCAAGAACAAACCCAGCAUGAACUACGACAAGCUGAGCCGAGCCCUGCGCUACUACUACGACAAGAACAUCAUUAAGAAAGUAAACGGCCAGAAGUUUGUGUAUCGCUUCGUCUCCUACCCGGACAUUUUGAAUGCCGAUUACGCAUCCCGAGCCGAGGGAGCCGAAGCAAGUCCUCUUCCUUCUCCCGAGCAGCAACCAAACAAAGUGCAACCCACCAGCAACAAAGCAACCAAGGACACCUUCAAAUCAGGCAGCACAGCUCCGAGCCAGUCCAAAUCGUCCGGCCGGAACGACUACAUCCACUCAGGUCUGUACACAUCCUUCACGCUGACCUCUCUCCAGGCAGGAACGCAGCUCUUCAAGUCCAUCAAGAUGGAAAACCCUGGAGAGAAGAUGGCUGAGAAGAAGGACGCCAUGCAACCUCCGUCGGUCAUCAAAUUCGGGACUUUGCCUCCGACCAGAGCACCUACGCAGAGAGCCGCGGACAAGCUGACUCCGCCCACGCAGCCUGUGCAGCCCACGAUGUCAGAGCCUGAGGAAGAGCAGCUCACUCCCACCACGCCGCUCGAGGUGAACUCUGGUAGCGACGCCGCACCGAUGAGCAUCAUCCUCUCAGGGAUUUCUCCUUCUCUGGGAUGUCCAUCGCCGUCUCCCAGCACUCUCGCCGACUCCAAGGAGCUGAUCAUUGACACGGACGUAGAGUCAGUUUCCUCUCAACCUACAGAGCUGCAGCUACAGUUCCAGCCUUCGUCUGAAUCCAAUUCUUCAGACCUGUCUCUGUCCCUGAGCCGCAGUCAGAGUGGCAAAAAUUCGAAGAAGCCUCGAGGGCUGGAGCUCAUGCCCACGGUGCUGGUGAGCAGCUCGGACUUGAGUCCCCUCAACCUGUCGAGCCCGUCGCUCCCUACAGCGUCUCUAACGCCGGCCUUCCUACAGACGCCGUUGUUGCUCACACCGAGUCCUCUGCUCCCGAACAUCCAUUUCUGGAGCACGCUCAGUCCCGUCGCGCCCAUCAGCCCGGCCCGGAGACAAGGGGCGCACACGCUCUUUCAGUUUCCGUCUGUCCUGAGCUCCACCCAGUUCUCGGUGCCGGUUCACAAUCUGGACGGCACCAACACACCAGGCCCUCUGUCUCCAGACCCACAGAAAACAUAGAGGAUAAAAUAUAGGAAAGACACUGCCGUGAUGGGUGGGUUUGCCUUGACACGAAAACACGCAUCCUCAUCACGUGACACUUUUUUCCCCUGUAUUAAAGCCUCAGACCCUCCGUCCACCACAUUCUCCCUCCUGGUGAUGCAGAUGACCAGAGUUCAGGACCUUCGUUCCAGGUGGAAAUCCGCUUCAUCUUCCUCCAGGAGGGACGUUCACAAUGCCGUUCUCUUUCUGCUUUCUGUGCUCAAACGGACGACGAGCCAUUGUCAGGAUUAGCGUAAACGUCUCAGCUGUGUGUGUUGGUGUUGUUCAGGGAGUCACUAAUCGUUUGUUUCUUUCUUCAGGAGUCUGUUUUAUAGAGGUUCUCACAGCAUAGGGAUUUACUAAAUGGAGGGAUGCAUCGAUACCGAUGUACAAGCGACACGUCACAUUGUGAGCGCUGUUUGCGUUUCCCUGAUUUAAAUAGCGAUUAUUGGUGACUAGAAAGGUGCCUAUAAAUAAAAAUGUAUUACUAUUAAAUACACACACAGGUUAUCUUCAUAAAAUUAGUUGAAUUUAAAUGAAAAAAGUGAAUAGAGCUACAUCCAUUAAUCACCUGGAGUCAAAGUCCUUCAGCUUGUUAAUCACCAGUGACUUCACAUCCUGGAUCAGAACUGUUCUCCUUACUCAUGUCUACGGUUGACGGGAGGCAUUUCCUCACAUAGCUCAACAGCAUACAGAUGUUUUAUCAGGUCGUAUUGUAGAAACUCCCUCACAUUAGUUUCUUGCCUGAUAUUUUUCCACAGCCACACUAUCACACUAGCGUCAGUAUCGAUGCAGCCCUACUAGUUUAUCAUCAUAACACAUAAUCGUCUCUCUUUUCUUUACCUCCGUACCUCGAGGGAGACGACCUACACGUUCUAAACAAACCUUUUCCUCCUCAUUAUUUUAUUUUUUGCACCUUCCCAUAAAUCUACAAGCACCUUGAGACGACCGCUCUUAUCAGUCACUCAAUGACGCACUUACGCACUCUCAAAGUCUCAGAGGUUUAAAACGCUUCAGAAAUAUUUAGAGAUUUUAAUCUAGUUUGAUUACAGGAAAACAAAUAAGACACAGGGGACUCUAAACCUCCAGAUUAUUUUUCUAUCCACUGUUAGUUAGGGUUUAUAGCAAACCUACUAUUUUUUAAAGAGAUUAAGAUUCCUAUAUGGUGAGGUUUUAAGGUGAAUUCAGGAGUCAAAACUGAUUUAAAUUAAAAAAAAAAAAGAAGCAGCUAUUUUUGUAAUUUUACAUUAAAAAAAAAGAAAUAGUUUAGAAAGGGAAAAAUGUCUGGAAAUGAGAUUUAGAAUUUUUAUGCCUUUAUUUUUUAAAAUAAACUUUUAAAAAGAUAUGGAAAUUUAACAUUAAAAUGGUCCAAAUGUAAACAGGCACUAAUUCAGUGUACUGAGUUCAGAUUCGAUUCGGCAGAUCACUUCACUUUUACUUAUAAACUCUAACCCGAAUUAGAUUAAUUUUAAAGUGUGUUGUGCCACAAAACUACCUGAACAUCAAAUAUUUUAAAACGUGUAUUUUUAGGAAUUUGAGAAUCGGCUGCGUCUCAAUCCGUUCCCUGGGUAGUGAUCAGUAUGUGCUGCGGGCCAGUUGGGACACUGAUGACGCCAAUAUUUCACUUGUAUGCGGCCAGAAAUUGGGUUUUAUACGUCAUAGAUGUUAAUCGUACGUUACUGUCCUGGUACUUCAAGCAGGUUUAUACUUCAUAUGCUAGCUAGCGGAUUUUAAACACUUAGACUCAAUCAUCACACAAACAUUUGAGAGCUACAAUCAACAAUAAUGAACUAAUUAUGUUCGUAGAUGAAUUCGGCUCAGAGUUCGGAUUCGUCUGCUGUUUUGUUUUAGCUAAAAAUGACGUCAUUUCUGGUAAAGGAAGCUGAUCAGUGAGCGAGCCUCGACUGGGUUCUGCAGCCUGACUACUGAACUAUGGAGCGCAAAACCCUAGAUAAAAUCAAUUUAAAUGCAAACAAAUUAAAAUAAAAUUUACGAAAUUCAAGUUUCUAGUGGCGCAAAAAAUUCUCAAGAAUAUUCCCAACUACUUUUCACACACACAAAAAAAAAAAAAAAAACGGCAGCUUGGAGUUUUACUUACCAAUAAAUCCCAGCUCAUUUCUGUGGAAUGAGAAAUGCGUCUCUAUAAUCUAAAUUUUAUACAGAAAACGCGUUUUGUAAAAGCGAAAGUUUCGUAGUUGAAUUACACCAAACAAACCUUGCACACUCGUUCGAACAAGAUUUCUAAUAAUCAGGUGUAGAAAAUUCACCUUUUGUGCAGAUUCCAUUCUAAAAAUUCCGAUUAGGAUUUUUAACACACUACAGAAUUGGGUUUAUGGAUUAAAUUGUAGCGUCGUAUUCGUGAAAUUUCGCAUUUUUUCAUGAAUUAUUCAACUUGUUUCUUUUAUAAAACAGCCUGGAGUUUUACUUACCAGUAAAUCCCAGCUCGUUUCCGUGGAAUGAGAAACGUGUCUCUAUAAAAUAGAACAUUUAAAAAAAAAAAAUUACAAAAUCAAAUUUUGCAAAUUUGAAAUUCACUGUAGUGACAUUUCUAUUCUGUCUUUAUAUCUGCAUUCGAGAUUAAAGCCAGCAACCUCCUACAGAAAUCCAGGAAACACGUAUCGAACCGUUGCACAUUUAAAAUCCUACCUCUACCGUCGCGUCCAAUUCGGAUCUCGUCAAGUCACGAUUCAAAGGCAGAACUGGACUGAAGGCCGCACGCCGCCGGACGCCGAGCCGAUCUGCCUGAAGCUCGGUGUCGAAUGCGUGACAGAGAAAUAGAUUCAAACCAAGCGGAAAUUAUUUAGCAUCUCAGACCAAGUCUCAGGAAUGUUAAAUACUUUCAAAUAGCAAAGCACUUACGCAGUGUGUGUGCAGGAGCUGGAGGUUAGAAUCAAAAACAGUUAGAGUUCAAGAACAGGGGCAUUAGAAAUACACAGGCAAGCCAGGGAGAUUUUAACAAAAUAAAACAAAAAUAAUGAAAAUGAGGGAUAAAACGAGGUAAAAAAAAAAAAAAAAGACCGAUUUAUUUUACAGUUUUAGAAUUGAUUUUAGCGACAACUUACCUCACAGUUAAUUUUUUACAGUUCAGUAACUAAAGAGUUUAGAUCAUUUUUAAAUUUCAUUAAAAAACAAAUGUUUCUAAAUCAUAAAAUCAGCUAAUUUUAGCUACUGAAAUGUUUCUUAAUGCUUCUGUUUAUGUAGUAAUUCUAAGAAUUGAAAAAGAAAAAAAAUCCAACAAGGUUUCUUUUAAAAUGCUAAAUGUUUUUUAAACAAACCGACUAAAUCAAAUUGUAUUUUACAAAUUGUAAAAGUCCAGAAUUAAGGGCUUUGUAUAGAAAUACAAUGUCUUAAAAUUAUAAAAAGUAUAAAAGAUCUGAUUUUAAAAGCGGAUCCGAUUUUGUGCUGCCGUACGAGAUGAAAUUGCAUUUUAUUUUUAACAUUUUUAUUUUUUUAUUUCUUUACCCCACCCCCCAGGUUUCUCAGGGGUCAGUUUUCUGGCCGUCGGUGCUUUAGAGCUACAAACUUUACAAACUUCAACAGAAAUCAUAGGAACGUCGCUGUAACAUACGCUAACUAUUUCAGCUAACGAGGUUUAACGUGUAAUUGUGUUUAAAAUAAAAACACGCAUAGUUUAAGGAUAAUAGGGACCUCUUUGUUAGAGUUAGAAAAUGACGCUUCGAUGCUUUGUUUAUUUUUUUAAAAGCAAAAACUUUGUGGCUUUUUCAGUGUUAUUUUUUCCUUUCCCUUUUCCUACAACUAGCAGCAACCAAGUACACCACUUCCCCCAACCUCCGAUUUCCUCCCAAAUCAAUCCAGAGCUAAUUAUUACUUGCUAAUUAAUACUUGAGCAUUCCUAAAAGUAUUUGCCCCCCCCUUCCCCUUUAGUAGUGUGUAUUUUCUGCACACACACACCCCCUAGUGUGUGUGAUGUGAAAUGGGAUUUUACUGGGAUUUUUUUUCCCUUCUAUAUUCUUUCCUGUUUAUUCUUCUUCGUUUAUACUUUGUAAUUGAAAUAUAUUUCAAUUUUCUCGCCACCAAAAACAAAAACGUUUGAGCUGACAUUUAUGUAUAGUUUUUCUACGUUUGUCUGCUUGUGUGUAAAUAUUAUCUGUACCUUCUAGGUGAUUAGUUCUGAUUUUCUAAAAAUCGGGUCUUUUUUUUUUUUUUAAUUUUAUUUUUAAUUUUUAUUUUUAAUCCUUUGUAGCAUUCCCAAAACUUGUGUAAUAUAUAUUUUUGUGUACAACUUUUCAGUGUUAAAUUUCUCGGUGGCACUUAGAUUUCGAAUUUUGGAAACAAUUUUGUUCAGAUUAAAAUAAAAAAAUAAUGAAAAAUAAAUAAAACCUGCAUACCGCCAUUUUCCCCUACUAUAAAAGAGGAAUCUAUGCAGCUACAUUUUAAGAAAUCUUUAUAUUUACUUCUUUUAUGGCCGAUUUAUCCUCAAGAUAUUUUCUUAAGAAUUUAAUUUCUCUACAAUUUAAAAAUUCAGCGAGAAAAAAAACGAUAUUGUUGCCCUCAGCACUGCCUCAAUAAGUGACCAGUCCUAUAAACAUAUCAUGUAAAUGCUGUUCCUUUUUUUGUUCGUCCCGCCAUCUUGCAGAUCCGUGGCACCUGACGUUAAUGUUUACAGCUGUGGAUUUGGCUUGUUCGCUCUUGUGGAUGUUGAAUAAAGGAGAAAUAUUAAAGAGUA